CUCCUCGCCCUGGCCUGGGCUGCAAAGGAGACCUGUGGGAGGGCGUGUGACCCCCUCACCCGGGCCUUGGGCCUGAGCCUCGGACUUUCCCAAGCCGGCAAUGACCUUCUGCACCCUCUUAGCGUGGGGCCUUCCGGACCUCCGUCUCUGCGCCCCAGAGUCAGGGGCUCCAUCCCUGCCCGGCCUGCCCCGGGCGCUGCCCUGGCCCCGGCCUAGGCUCCGGUUCCUGCUGCUGCUGCUGCUGCUCGUCCUCCUCCUCCUGCCGCCUUCCGCCCUCUCCGCCGUAUUCACAGUGGGGGUGCUGGGCCCCUGGACCUGCGACCCCAUCUUCGCCCGUGCCCGCCCGGACCUGGCCGCCCGGCUGGCCGCCGCCCGCCUGAACCACGACCCAGCCAUGGAAGGUGGUCCCCGCUUCGAGAUCGCGCUGCUGCCGGAGCCGUGCCGGACGGCCGGCUCGCUGAAGGCGGUGUCUUCCGCGGUGGCCCGUGUCUCGGGUCUCGUGGGUCCGGUGAACCCUGCAGCCUGCCGGCCGGCGGAGCUAUUAGCCCAAGAGGAGGGGGUCGUACUGGUGCCCUGGGGCUGCCCGGGGACACGGGUGGCGGGCGCGACGGCCCCCGCCGUGACGCCCGCAGCGGAUGCCCUCUACGCCCUCCUUCGCGCCUUCCGCUGGGCACGCGUGGCCCUGGUCACCGCUCCCCAGGAUCUGUGGGUAGAGGCAGGUCGCUCACUAGCAACGGCACUCAGGGCCCGGGGUCUGCCUGUUGCCCUGGUGACCGCCAUGGGACACUCUGACCUGUCUGGAGCCCGGGAGGCCCUGAGAAGGGUCCAGGACGGGCCCAGAGUCAGAGCAGUGAUCAUGGUGAUGCACUCUGUGCUGCUGGGAGGCGAGGAGCAGCGCUGCCUACUGGAGGCUGCAGAGGAGUUGGGCCUGGCCGAUGGUUCCCUGGUCUUCCUGCCUUUUGACACCCUCCACUACGCCUUGUCCCCAGGCCGGGAGGCCUUGGCCUUGCUGGCCAACAGCUCACAGCUUCGGAGGGCCCACGACGCGGUGCUCACCCUCACGCGCCACUGUCCCUCAGGACGCAGCGUGCUGGACAGCCUGCGCAGAGCCCAAGUACACCAGGAGCUGCCCCCUGACCUUAAUCUGCAGCAGGUAGCCCCCCUCUUUGGCACCAUCUAUGACUCAGUCUUCUUAUUGGCGGGGGCCGUGGCAAGAGCUCGGGCUGCUGUAGGUGGCAGCUGGGUGUCUGGAGCAGCAGUGGCCCGCCAUGUCCAGGAUACCCAGGUCCCAGGGUUCUGCCGAGCCCUGGGAGGAGCCGAGGAGGCCCCGUUUGUGCUGCUGGACACAGAUGAGGCGGGGGACGAGCUGUUCGCCACAUACAUGCUGGACCCCACCCAGGGCUCCCUCCGCUCCGCUGGGGCCCCGGUGCAUUUCCCUAGAGGGGGAAAAGGGCCUGGGCCUGAUCCCUCUUGCUGGUUUGACCCAGACAUCAUCUGCAAUGGAGGAGUGGAGCCUGGCCUCGUCUUUAUUGGCUUCCUCCUGGUGGUUGGGAUGGGGCUGACAGGGGCCUUCCUGGCCCAUUAUGUGAGGCAACGGCUCCUUCACAUCCAAAUGGUCUCAGGCCCCAACAAGAUCAUCCUGACUCUGGACGAUAUCACCUUUCUCCCCCCACAAGGGAGUACCUCUCGAAAGGUGGCCCAGGGUAGUCGGUCGAGUCUGGCUGCCCGCAGUGUGUCAGACAUUCGCAGCGUCCCCAGCCAGUCCCCGGAUAGCUCCAACAUUGGCCUCUAUGAGGGAGACUGGGUUUGGCUGAAGAGAUUCCCAGGGGAUCAGCACAUAGCUAUCCGCCCAGCCACCAAGACAGCUUUCUCCAAGCUCCGGGAGCUCCGCCACGAGAACAUAGCCCUCUACCUGGGGCUCUUCCUGGCUGGAAGAGCUGACAGCACCGCGGCCCCCAGAGAAGGCAUGCUGGCUGUGGUCUCAGAGCACUGUGCCCGCGGCUCCCUCCACGACCUUCUCGCCCAGAGAGACAUAAAGCUGGACUGGAUGUUCAAGUCCUCCCUCCUACUGGACCUCAUCAAGGGAAUGAGGUAUCUGCACCAUCGAGGCGUAGCCCAUGGGCGACUUAAGUCACGGAACUGCGUGGUGGACGGAAGGUUCGUGCUUAAAGUCACGGACCACGGCCACGGGCGACUGCUGGAAGCCCAGAGGGUGUUACCAGAGCCUCCCAGCGCGGAGGACCAGCUAUGGACAGCCCCGGAGCUGCUUCGGGACCCGGCCCUGGAGCGCCGGGGAACGCUGGCAGGCGAUGUCUUUAGCCUGGGCAUCAUCAUGCAGGAGGUCGUGUGCCGCAGCGCCCCCUACGCAAUGCUGGAGCUGACGCCGGAGGAAGUGGUGCAGAGAGUGCAGAGCCCCCCUCCGCCGUGCCGACCCGUGGUUACCAUGGACCAGGCGCCCAUGGAGUGCAUCCAGUUGAUGAAACAGUGCUGGGCAGAGCAGCCGGACCUUCGGCCCUCCAUGGACCGCAUCUUUGACCUGUUCAAGAGCAUCAACAAGGGCCGGAAGACCAACAUCAUUGACUCAAUGCUGCGGAUGCUAGAGCAGUACUCCAGUAACCUGGAAGACCUGAUUCGUGAGCGCACGGAGGAGCUGGAGCUGGAAAAGCAGAAGACAGACCAGCUGCUCACGCAGAUGCUGCCUCCGUCUGUGGCUGAGGCUCUGAAGAUGGGGACAUCUGUGGAGCCCGAGUAUUUUGAGGAGGUGACACUGUACUUCAGUGACAUCGUGGGCUUCACCACCAUCUCAGCCAUGAGUGAGCCCAUCGAAGUAGUGGACCUGCUCAAUGACCUUUACACACUCUUUGAUGCCAUCAUUGGCUCCCAUGAUGUGUACAAGGUGGAGACAAUUGGGGACGCCUAUAUGGUGGCCUCUGGGCUGCCCCAGCGGAAUGGGCAGCGGCACGCAGCAGAGAUUGCCAACAUGGCACUGGACAUCCUUAGCGCUGUGGGCUCCUUCCGCAUGCGCCACAUGCCUGAUAUGUCCGUUCGCAUUCGCAUUGGCCUGCACUCGGGCCCGUGCGUGGCGGGAGUGGUGGGCCUCACCAUGCCGCGAUACUGCCUGUUUGGGGACACGGUCAACACAGCCUCGCGCAUGGAGUCCACAGGGCUGCCUUACCGCAUCCACGUGAACAUGAGCACAGUACGGAUCCUCCGCGCUCUAGAUGAGGGCUUCCAGACUGAGGUUCGAGGCCGCACGGAGCUGAAGGGCAAGGGCACAGAGGAAACGUACUGGCUGGUGGGCAGACAGGGCUUCAACAAGCCCAUUCCUAAACCACCUGACCUGCAACCGGGGGCCAGCAACCACGGCAUCAACCUCCAGGAGAUCCCCCUCGAGCGGCGCCAAAAGCUGGAGAAGGCGAGGCCGGGCCAGUUCCCCAGGAAGUGA